AAAACACAAGAUGGUUAAAAUUAGGUGGAUUGAAAUGUCUUUAUUUAUGAAACUGCUGCUUCAGUUCACAGCAGUGACCGGACAAUAUUCCCCCAGCUUUGUUGUCAGCGAUGGAGAUGAUGUCACUUUGCCUUGUGGAAAUUUGAUAGAUAAUCGGAGUGAAUGUGAGGGUGCUUACUGGAUCUUCAGUAGUUCACUAAGCACAUUCUCGUUAAUGCUGGUGGACCAGGGGCAGAUUGAGGCUAAAUCAGACAGACUGAGUGUUACAGAGAACUGCUCGCUGGUGAUGAAGAAGGUCAAACUUGAGGAUGUUGGUCGUUACAGCUGCAGACAGUUUGAAUCAGGACGUGGAGAUGCCCAUGUUCAUCUGUCUAUUAUCAACAUGACUGAAGAUAACAACGCUGAUGGAGUGACCUUAAACUGCUCUGUGUUGACACAUAAAUGGUGUAGACACACACUGGAGUGGCUGUAUGAGGGUAAAACUGUGGAUGAAGACAUGGAGACAUCACAGUCUGAGUGCUCGGUUACUAUGACAUUUCCUACUACUCAUCCCAAGCAGAAGCCAAAGUCUCACGAGUUGUUUAAGUGUAAAGUGACUGAUGAUUUCAGUGGAGACGUGCAGCUGUUCACCUUCAGCCGACCUCAGGCCUCAGGUGAGAAACCAGAUUACAUUUCAGACCUGUUAGUCCCUUAUGAACCUUUACAUAUUCGAGAUCCUCGGGCAGAGGUCUUCUGCUUGUCCCAGAGUCCAGACUGA